AUGGCUGAGCAAAGUGCACCACGAACGAAUCGCUGGUCGGCAACGACUGCAGCUGGUACACGACCGGCGAGUUUUGUGGACUCUGAGAAGGACUCGUCUACGCCUACAAGUGCACCCCAAAAACAGACAAUCGCAGAACAAAACGCAACGAUAGACCCAGAGCAAGGUGCCCAAUCCGAUUCGGCACCAGAUGCAUCAUCGCAGGAACGUCCUACAUCGCUCGACUGGGACGGUGCUGGCGACCCCUUGAACCCACACAACUGGUCCACUGCGCGAAAAUGGUUCCAAACAUACACGAUCUCGGGCGUCGCUUUCGUAGGAACCUUUGCCUCAUCUGUAUUCACACCGGGCAUUGAGCUCGCGGCUUCCGAGCUCAACUCGACAAGAGAAAUUGCAACGUUGGCAUUCUCCAUAUACCAGCUUGGUCUUGCAUUUGGCGGGCCCUUUGCAGCACCGUUGAGCGAGACGUUUGGGAGACGGCCAGUCAUCUUCAUCAGUCUGCCGAUCUUUGCGCUAUUCAUUCUCGGAACCGGAUUCGCACACAACAUGGCUACAUUGGUUGUGUUGAGGUUCUUUGCAGGCUUCUUCGCCGCUCCCAGCCUGAGCAUGGGCUCCGGCACGCUCAGCGAUAUAUGGCCGCCAGAGAAACGCUCCGGUCCAAUAUCGCUAUACGUAUCGACGCCGUUUUUUGGACCAGCACUGGGACCUUUGCUUGGUGCAGCUGUAUCUCGGAGUCUCGGCUGGCGCUGGACAUCAUGGCUCAUUCUCUUCUUCACCAUCGUUCUGGUCAUCGCUCCCGCCCCAUUCUACUGGGAAUCAUACAAGCCGGUCUUGCUUCGCAAACGCGCGAAGAAGCGUGGCCGUCCUGUACCGCGGUCGCCAACGGAAGGCAUGUCAUGGCAUAAGGUCCUCAGCACUUAUGUAUCCAAGACACUCACACGGCCGAUGCACAUGCUGCUCACCGAGCCUAUCAUCGCUGCAUUCAAUGCGUACAGCGCUUUCAACUUUGGGCUUCUGUAUGCCUUUUUUGCCGCGUUUCCAUAUGUCUUCAAGACGCAAUAUGGCUUUAACAGCCUAUCCACUGGCCUUACGUUCCUCGGACUCGGCGCCGGUGUCAUCAUCGCUGCAAUUGCGAUCCUUACUUUUAGCAAGGGAUACUACAAACCUCGCGUCCAUGAGGCAGUUGUACAUGAAGAACCUAAGCCAUCAUUCGCAACCUCUCGAAUCGCACCCGAGAAGCGUCUUCCCCUGGCCAUGGUCGGAGGUCCUUGCAUCACAAUCGGGCUCUUCCUCUUCGGCUGGCCGGCUGCAUAUCAGGUCCACUGGAUUGUCCCCACCAUUGCCGAAGCCUUCUUUGGCAUCGGCAACAUGCUCAUCUUCAUGUCCUGCAUGAUGUACAUCACGGAUACAUAUGGUCCUCUUUACAGCGCCAGCGCCAUGGCCUCAAAUGCCAUUUUGCGAUACAUCCUCGGAGGCACGUUCCCCCUCUUCGCAGUCCAAAUGUUCCGCGUUUGGACCAAGACUGCGGCAGACCAGUGGGUACAAACGAGAUGGUUGAGCAUCUACAUGUGA